AUGGUUUUUUCUCAAAUUCAAUUAAUAAUUCAUAUGAGCAAAUUUGGCAGCCCACGUGUAAAAUUUUGUCCAUCUAUUGUUCCGCUUCCUUCCAACUUUGCCGACCAAGUGUUGGAGCUUGAAAUUCAAGUCGAAACGCAAGAGUCAAUUGAAGCCUUUAAGUCUCUAAUGGAGUUAUAUUCUGUAAGUUCUAUUCAGAAAGCCAUAGAAUACUACAACUCAAUCGGAGAUGCCAAAUAUAAAUACUAUCAGGAACGAAUGAUCAGUUUUAUACAGAAGCAAGACUCAAUUUUGCAAGCUCACGCAUCAAAAACAGCCUCAACAACAACGUCACCAGAGAAAGUCCCUACUUCUCGGCACUCUGUCUCGACAACAAGUAAACUUCUGUUUCAUGAGCCUCCUUUUGAAGUGGCGCCAGAAGUUCAUAGACCUACUGAGCUAGCCCAGCGCCGGGCUGCAGAUAAAGUGAUGAAGCAGCAUGAACAGGAGUCCCAUGUAAGUAUCAAGCAUGCUCAACAAAAUAUAAAAAGCCAAAAUGACAACUUAGAACAAAGAGUAAUCAGCAGAAAAAGAGGACUCACAAGAUAUAGAAGUAUAUCUCCAGAGACUCCUUCAUGUUGUGAAUCAACAUUUUCAUUUUGUAGCCCAGAAGCUUCAAGGCUUGAUAUACCAGAAAGAGAAUCGUGUGAAGGAGAAAGCGAUAAAUCAGGAGGAUUUGCUAACUCUCAGGAAAUAUUUUUAAUUUAUUUUUAUUCCGACUUUAUUCUUAAAAACUGUCCAUCUAAAAUAGUAUAUUAAGAUGGUAUUUUCACUAUAUAUUGUUUUCAUUUAGGGAGUAAGCCUAAUAUUUCUGUGAUAUUUGAUAAAGGUUUAGAAGAAAUAAUGGAAAAAUAUAUUACUGAAAAAAUCAAAGAAAGUGGGAGAAUCAGCAAAAUGUAUAAAGAACAAAUAGAAGAAAUAAAAUCUAUAGGAGGAUCAUCUGAAAUUAUAAACCAAAUUGUUAAAGAAAUGGAAAGGAAUAGAGAAAAUGAGCUGAAAGAUCUUGAAAAUUCUUUAGAAUUUAAGAGAAAACAAGAAAUUGAUUCUUUAAGAAAGAAAAUGGGUUUAAGCUCAUAA